CGAAAAUUAACGUGGGCGUUUGUCAAGAAUAAAUAAAUUUUAGGGUAGAUGUUUAAAUACAUUUAAUUUUGAACAAUCAGCAGUACAUUGUCAGAGAAGACAUAUAUUGUCAGAAGAAAAGACUACCUGGAGUGAAAACGCCACUAGACGUAAUGUAAACAGUAAAGUAUUAAACAUGUCAUAUGGCUCCUAACGUUGCAGAGUAUUUACGCAUCCCUGGCUUUAAAUGUUUAGAUUUCAGCUAUCCUGACGAAGAAAGUCCAGUUGCAAAAUAUUGUGAUCUGUUUGCAGGAAUCAUCUUGUUCAAAAGAGGAAUGUAGUAUAACAUGGAAAAUUAAGAGACAGGAAUAUUGAAUCUAUGUGCUGGAUUUAAAAAAAAUACAACAUCAAAGGUCUAUUUGAUAUAUUGAUAAUUAGCCGAUAAUAUAUAACCGUAAAUAUGAACAAAAUCGCAUUUUCGGAAACUCGUCCCAGUGAAACAGAACAUCCGGAUAUUGGAAAAACUUUCAAACGGAAACAUUCUGAUUCCUUAGAUGAUAAUGAAAAUCCCAAAAAGCAAAAAGUAGAUCUUGAAAAUGAGAAGGCCAAGGAAAACAUCGAAGUUAAAAGGGAGGAGUCAUUGGAGUCAAAUAAUGAGGUCUCCACCGAAAAUAAAGGAGAGAACGUCAUACCAACAAAUUCGGAAUCAAAUGAAAGUAAUAUCGUUCAUUUACAAGAUGAUGACGCCUUUUGUUUCGUUAAAGAGAAUAAACUUAAACCAAAUUCAAUUAUUACUGAAAUUGAGAACGGCGAACAGUCAAAAGAUUUGGACGACCACUUAAUUUCUAAAAAUGACGAUAAACAUUUUGACCAGAAUGAAAUAAUUUGUGAAACGGUACAAGAGAGCGAUACUAUUAGUCAAACUAGUGAUGCCAGUCCAACUACAGAGAUCGAUACUAUAGACAGCAGUACGUCUGAAGUUCCGGAUCCCGAACCAAUAAAGAGAGAGGAAGCGAAAAAAUUUCCAAAGUUGUAUAGACUGCUACGAAAUGGUGAAAACAAGGACAAUGGACUACGAGCCAAAAAUCCUGGGUCAAAUACAAGCGUGGCAGAUCAUGUUGCAAAUGGAAGCAACGGAAGCUGUUCUAAGUACAUCUCAACAUGUUCCACUCGUUCCGCAGUAGAUAACUGGCUUAGAUUAAAAACAAAAAGUAGAAGAUACAGAAACGGAAUCAAAACGAUCGUAGAAAUUGAUGUCAAUAAUCUACCUUCAAAUGUCUCUAUUAUUGAUCUCACGAGCGAAGAACUCAGAAAACCGUAUGAAGUGUGGGAUAAAGAAAUAAACAGACAAUUUCAUAGAUUUGCAGCCUCCCAUGGGGAGGUCUUGCUUGUAGGAUCUGUGCCUGCACACUGUCUUGCAUAUGCAUGAUAUAUCACCAGAAAUAGAUCUCUUAACAGCGACAUUCAUGUUAUUUGUAAAAGGACACUAGCACGGGAUUUGGCGAGUUCUGAUCAAAAUCAUAAAGUGAUAAAUAUAAAAAAAUAUUUGUUUCUUCAUCUUUUUCAUUCUUUUCGACAUGCAUUUGAAACUGAAACUUGUGUGUGUUAAAUCUUCAUUAUAAUCUCAUGUUGUGUGUAUUUCAUCUUAAAAAUAAUGCUGUAAAAGCAAAUUUACACAUUUUUGUAGAAUAAAAUACUUCGUGAAUUUUAA